UGUUUGUCUAUAUAUGUCCUGCAAUUGGCUUGUAACAGGUCCAUGGUGUACCUUGCCUCUUGCCCAAAAUCAGCUGGGAUGAGGCCAAUCCCUAUAAUAAUGUAUUUUUUAUGACAUAGCUACAAUGGUACCUUCAAUGUACACUAUGACAUACCAUUGGGCAAGUUAUUGCACUCCUAAGUAACUGUUUGAACCGUUUCCAGGGAUAACAAGAUAAAAGUGUUUCCACGAGAACUGUAUGUAUGCUUGUACCUUGACGUUUGCUUUUUUUUGCACCCUGCGUCGUAAAACCGCAGACGGCCUCCUUAUGGCUCCAGCCUUCUUUCCAAGAGCAAAUGACAUAAGACCGUAGAGCCACUACUUCCUUAAACUGUUAAAUAACUCAACCUUUAGGUUCACCUUCAGCCCAUCAAAUGUUCCUGUGUAGGAGGAGGAGGAGGGGGAGGCAACGUGCUGUGACGAAUAACUCCGAUUCGGUGACAGGUGAGCUCUUGCGUUUGGGACGGCGACUGAGCAAAGACGUGAAUCGGACAUGGCCGGGUACAAGCCAAAGGUGAUUUCUCUAACCAAGAGGCCGGGUCAGACGUUCGGCUUCUACUUGAGGUUGGAGCACGGUGAGGAGGGUCACGUGAUCCGCUGCCUGGAGAUGGGCAGUCCGGCCGAGUUGUCCAGCAUGAAAGACGGGGACCGUGUCCUCCGAGUCAAUGGCAAAUUUGUCGAUGGGCUUUCCCACUCUGAGGUGGUGGAGUUGGUGAGAAGCAGCGGGGGCACAGUCACCUUCCACACGCUGGACGAAGCUUCCUACAAGCUGGCCAAGAGAAAGGGGGUCAACCUGGGUGAGCCUCAGCACACGCCAGCUGCCAACGGUGUGGGCCAGCAGGCUCCAAAACCAAGACUCUGCUACCUGGUCAAAUCUGGCUCCGACUAUGGCUUCUCUCUUCGCUCAGUCAAAGGCAAGCGGGGUAUGUUCAUGACGGAGCUGGUGCCGGGCGGCGUGGCUGACCGGGCUGGCGUCAACACCAACGACCGCCUGCUGGAAGUGAACGGCGAGAACAUCGAGAGUUACACGCACGAACAACUGGUGGAAAAGGUCAAUAUGGCGGGCGGGAGCCUCAUGUUCCUGCUAGUGGACGAGGAGACGGACUGGUACUACCGCAGCGUGAACGCGAAGGUGGAUGCUCGCUUCGCCACGACCAAGUGCCUCCCUCGCGAACCUCGCAUCGUCCACUUGAGCAAAGCGCCCGGGGGCUAUGGCUUCCUGCUCAAGGAGGAGGCCAACAUGACAGGACACAUGAUCAGGGAUAUAGACAGAGGCAGUCCAGCGGAGAGAGGAGGCCUCAAGGACAUGGACAGGCUGGUGGCUGUGGACGGCCAGCAGGUGGACGCGUGCACUCACGAGCAGGCGGUGGACGCCAUCAGACAGAGUGGAAACAAGUGCUGCCUGCUCGUGGUGGACAAGGUCACUGACCUCAUGUAUGCUCAGGGUAAAGCGUCACCUAUGCUCUUCUGGGAGGAAAAGAAGGACUCGCUUUCUCCGCCUAGUUACUCCGAGGCGACCACCUUCCCCACCCUGUUUAAACCCGCUACGACUGCUCAGGAGAAGAAGGACGACGAAGGAAUAGAGCUUAAACCUAAGUUGUGUAAGAUGGAGAAGACAGCUGCUGGAUAUGGUUUUCAUCUCAACGGCAUCCAGGGCGUGUUUGGACAGUGCCUUAAAGAGGUGGUGAAAGGCGGUGCCGCCGACAUGGCCGGCCUGGAGGAUGAUGACAUCGUGGUGGAGGUGAACGGGAAGAAUGUGGAGCAGUGCACGCACGAGGAGGUGGUGGACAUGAUCCGCGGCACGGGCAACUGGCUGGAGAUGCUGGUGGCCGCCAAGAGCGUCUACGAGCAGCUCAAGGCCAGAGGAACGGCUGUCACGCGUCAGCUCCUCGGCGAGACGUCGCAAGCUCAAGUCCACAGCGAAGAUCAGGAGACUGCACCGGCUAAAGAGAGGACCUCAUCUGUGUCUUCAUCUUCAUCUUCUAAUAGUAUGGAUGACAGAUUUUAAGAAGCAACAACAUGAAGUUAAAUGUUUUCCUAACAAUCCUCAUCAAUGGACAAAAGAACCAGAAAAAGAAAACUCACUGGUACAUUAAUUUAUCACACAUUUAACCUGUUUACAUGUAAAAUUUAACCAUCUUCAGCUUUCAAUUUGUUUUUGAUAGUCUUGUAUUGUACUUCCAGUAAUCACAUAUACAUUAAACUGUUCUGAAUUUGUAA